AUGGACCCCGCGCUGGUCAAAUACAACAACAUGUCGGCCAAUCGGUGGAAGUACUUCCGCUGGACGCCUCGCACGGCCUGGAUCACCUUCGUCUACGUCGUGGCCGUGCCGUCUGUUGUGGGAUAUGUGGGGUAUGUUACGGAGGUGAGUGGCCUGGUCCCGCCCCCGCUCUGA